AUGGCUUCAAGGAAAAAAAUGAGCAGGCGACCACGAAAGAGGGGACACACCAAAAGGAAAAGGCGCAUCAUCCGAAAGAAAAAACUGAGAUCUGUCAAGCGAUACCAACGUCAGAAGCGGUCAGCUAGAACCAGAUCAAGGUUGCCCAAAAGACUGCCAAAAAGACUGCCCAAAAGAGUGCCAACUAAGAAGGUACGAAUGACCAGAGAUGCUUGGGGCAUGUUGCACUCCUACGUAGAUGGCAUCUACAGGAAAGUCUCUGGGGAAGCUGAACGUCUAAGGAAAAAAGAACGAAGGCCUUCUGUCAUAUCUUCAGAUGUCCAAUCUGCACUGAGGCAGAUCAUGCCAAAGAAAGAGAGCAGGCGAGGCACCAGGAUUCGUUAG